CUCAGGAAAAGUUCAGAUAAAGAGUGGCACGAAAACCUCUAGAGAGCUUCUUCACACUCGGUUAGGAGACACAAAACAGCACAGAUAUCCAAAAUGUUUCGUUGUGGAAUCUCGUAUCCAAGAUGCAGGUGGAUCCUGCCUUUGAUUAUUCUGUUCGCGAUCAUUUUCGACAUUAUCGCCAUCGCGGCGCAGUCCGGAUGGGUCGAGGACGAGGACGCAAAAACACACUACGCCAGCAUGUGGAGGCAGUGUCAAGGCCGCAACGACCAGUUUGCCUGUAAAUCUCUCAUGGAGUAUCCAUGGGCUCAGGCGGUCGCUGCUCUGAUGAUCAUAGGCCUCAUCAUCCUCAUCAUCGCCUUCAUCAUCUCAAUCGUGGCUCUCUGCUGUACCCUCACCAUCCCGCUGCUGCCUAUGAUCGGAGGCAUGCUUAUUUUGGCUGUAGUCAUUCAGAUGAUCGCUCUGAUCAUCUACCCUGUCAAGUUCAACGAGCUGAUCUAUGAAGGCUUUUAUACCUACACGUGGGCGUACGGUUUUGGCUGGGGCGCAACAAUCCUGAUGCUGGGGUGCGGGAUCCUCUUCUGCUGCCUUCCUCGCUACGAAGACGAGCUUUCCGGGUUUGAGAAGACUAAAUACAUCUACACCUCAAACCGCUCAUAAAUGACAAUGUUAAGUCACCCAAGACUAAAGCUCAAUGCUCACAGAUCUCCGAAAGCAUUGUCAUUUCCCCAAAACAACCGUAGGACAGUUCUGACUUUGAUAAGUGCUGUGAUCUUCAGCCAAACUGUGGCCGUUUCUCCAACCUCACAGGUUAAUGCAAUUACCGUUUACUUUCAUUUGUUAUUCAUUCACAAACCGAUUGGGUUUUGAUGCUUCGUUUUUAAUGUCACUCAGCACAGAU